UUCCGGCAAGUCAGAACCCCUCCGCUUACUUGCCUCGCCUCCAGUUGAGCAAUGCUGACAGCUAUGAGCAAUAGUUUAUAAUACUUACAAACAAUAAUUAAUUUUUUCCCACUGGUUCUACAGUUUCAACGCCAUUCCGGAUCACAACCCGUUAAUAAUGUACAUGGAGUCGUGGUCAACAAGGUGGAUAUAGCAGGCGUGCAUUUGUGUUUAUGUGUGCUGAUCUGCUAAAGAUGGACAACAAACCGUGAUGAGCCGGCCAGUUUGCGCUGAAACUACCCAGGAAGGUCAAGGCGUUGCGAGUGGGCCGAAGGGUGUCUGGCAAUCUGUACUGUGGUGGCACCCUUACAGCCUUGAUGCACAAAGUAGAACUCAAGACACAACAACAAUUAAGAAAAUAUCCACCACUUAGACCUGUACUGCUGGGGUCAACUCAAUCUCAGAUUUAAAUCUUCUCCCGUCAUGAUGAAUACAGUCAGAGGUGGUACAGUUACCUGGCGACCACAGCCGUGGCAGGAUGCAGACAGAGGGGGUGGAGAGCCUCUCUCGGAUAGCGACUCGGAGGAAGAAGAUUUUCCAGAUGACCACUCGACUCCUUUGGGGGAGUAUGUGACUCAGGGGUUAAAGCAGCUACUUGAUGCUCAGCAGCUGUGUGAUGUCACACUAUUGGUGGAGGGAAAGAAGUUCAUGUGUCACAGGGUUCUUUUAGCAGCAGUCAGUCCAUAUUUUCGCGCCAUGUUUACCAGCCCUCUUGUAGAGUCUCGUCUCGCUGAGAUCCGAUUGGAGGAAGUGACACCCUCUGUUAUGGAGACAGUUAUUCACUUUGUUUAUACUGGGGAAGCAGAUCUUAGUCUUGACACCGCAGAAGAUUUAUUUGUGGCAGCCAAUCGUCUACAAGUGAUGCCCUUGCAGGACCUUUGCUCCAGAUUCCUUUUUGAACACCUCUCUGUGGAGAAUUGCCUGGGUAUGUACUCUCUGGCUCGUUCACAUCAUGAUCAGCUACUUCUUCGGGCUUCUUUGCGACUUGUUGGCCAGCAUUUCCCUCGAGUGGCCCGGCAGAGGGAUUUCCUCCUGUUGGACCCAGGCACUCUUGGCAGCUUGUUAGAGUCUGACCGAUUAGGUGUGGAAUCAGAGACGGAAGUUUACGAUGCAGCAAGACGCUGGGCAGAAUACCAGCCUGCUGAUCGCUACAUUCACAUGCCCAAAUUGUUACGCCAUUUACGCCCUGGUCUUUUGGGCCCUAAAGAAAGCCACCGUCUGAACCAAGAACUUGGGCCUCGGGCCAGUACUGAAGGCAUGGGAGGACCACUGAGGCCGCGAGAAGGCAUGUUCGAGAAGAAAAUAGUUUGUGUGGAUCUUAAACCAAGGGAAGAUGAGUCUUUACAGAAAAAAGACUUCACAGUAGAUUGCUUUGACCCACGUACAGGAAUGUGGGAGAAGUUGUCAGCCUUGGGCUCAUUGCUUUGCCCCGGCUGCACUGCUGUUGGAGGUCGCUUGUUUGUGGCGGGUGGAAUUCUGCGGUCAGGCCAAGUGUCAUCAUCACUGCAUGAGUACGAUGUCGUGCUAAACCGCUGGAUUGCACGGCCAUUGCUGGCUGAACCACGUGCAAUGUUGGGGCUGCUUGGCUGCGGAGGUUUCUUAUAUGCUCUGGGUGGCUGUAACCGAUCAGCGUUUCUAGACACAUGUGAAAGAUUUGACCUUAACACACUCACCUGGGCAUCAGGACCUCGUUUGCCAUUGCCGUUGCGCUCUUUUGCUUGCGCUGCCCUCCGUGGUCGCCUCUACUUGCUUGGGGGUACCACUUUGGAGCAGAGUAGGGCUGUGGUGCAUGCAGGCGUGCUUAUAUACCACACUGUUACACGGACCUGGAGCCGUGUUGCUCUAGACUCUGGCGCCACCUGCCUGGCUGGAGGAGUAGCAGUACGUGGUGGUGUUUGUGCUAUCGGGGGUUACUUGCGUGAUGCAGCUAAGUUCCUAGAUGGCAACUACACCCAGGCUGAACCACUAGAUGCUACAGGACGUGUGUUGUUCUUUCGAGAAGGACGAGGAUCGGCGAUGGAGCGGGAGGUGCCUGUCCCAGCAGACCGAGGGGGUGGUAGCGACCGUGCCCCCAGUCCUGUGGUUUUUCCAGGCUUGCCAAGGCGCAUUGCUGCCGGAGGUGUGGCUAGAUGGAAGCGCAGGAUUUAUGUAUUGGGUGGUGAGAACGGAUCAAGAUUUUAUGAUAGUGUAUACUGCUGGAAACCUGGCUGGCGUAGCUGGGUCCAAAGAAGGGAGAAAUUACCUGGAGAUACAGGAGGAGUUAGCCAGUUUGGAUGCACCACUCUAAAGUUCCCCAAAAAGCACAUUUUGACGCGUCUUCGGGCUGCUCAACAGAAACAGGGGAAGGAAAAAAGACCGAUCCGGUCGUGCAGAAUCAUGCGUAUCGAUAGGACAGGUCAGGAAGUGUAAUUUUUAGAGACAAAUUGGCAUUUCUCUCACCUAGACAUGUUUUUGCACCUAAUUUUACAUCUUCAAUCUUGGUUGAUGUCUUGAUGCUCUGGAAUCCUUUAUUUCAUUAUUGCAAGCUGAACAUAUGUUUUCAUUUCUAAAUAUUAACAAAAACAUAGGAUAUUUGUAAGAUCUCAGAAUGUUUAUCUCGUAAAGAUGCCAAGAGAGAUAAGUUGCAAGAUUUUCAGUGCAUUGCUGUGAUUCAAAGACUUUCUGAGGUUCAAGAGCAUUGAUAAAAAUUCUACACAGAUGCCCAAAUUUCUGCUUGAAAAUGUCUCAUCAUUAAGAAUUUGUUCUUGAACCACAACAAAAAUCCUUUUCUCUCUCUCUCUCUCUCUCUCUCUCUCUCUCUCUCUCUCAGUAAACUAGCUUAAAUUGUAUAUGAAAUAGAUAAAGGAAGAUUACUAGAAAAAGGCAAUUCAUUUUUUUUUUUUUUUUUUUGUGCUUUGUUAUCUCUUUAUGUUAUCACUGUGAUGCUGAAUAUACAGUUGAAUUCGAAAGUUUACAUACACCUUAGCCAAAUACAUUUAAACUCAGUUUUUCACAAUUCCUGACAUUUAUUUGUGGAAAACAUUCCCUGUCUUAGGUCAGUUAGGAUCACUACUUUAUUUUAAGAAUGUGAAAUGUCAGAAUAAUAGUAGAGAGAAUUAUUUAUUUCAGCUUUUAUUUAUUUCAUCACAUUCCCAGUGGGUCAGAAGUUUACAUACACUUUGUUAGUAUUUUGUAGCAUUGCCUUUAAAUUGUUUAACUUGGGUCAAACUGUUUGGGUAGCCUUCCACAAGCUUCUCACAGUAAGUUGCUGGAAUUUUGGCCCAUUCCUCCAGACAGAACUGGUGUAACUGUGUCAGGUUUGUAGGCCUCCUUGCUCACACACGCUUUUUCAGUUCUGCCCACAAAUGUUCUAUCGGAUUGAGGUCAGGGCUUUGUGAUGGCCACUCCAAUACCUUGACUUUGUUGCCCUUAAGCCAUUGUGCCACAACUUUGGAGGUAUGUUUGGAGUCAUUGUCCAUUUAGAACACCCGUUUGCGACCAAGCUUUAACUUCCUGGCUGAUGUCUUGAUAUUUUGCUUCAAUAUAUCCACAUAAUAUUCCUUCCUAAUGAUGCCAUCUAUUUUGUGAAGUGCACCAGUCCCUCAUGCAGCAAAGCACCCCCACAACAUGAUGCUGCCACCCCCAUCGUUCACGGUUGGGAUGGUGUUCUUCGGCUUGCAAGCCUCACCCUUUUACCUCCAAACAUAACGAUGGUCAUUAUGGCCAAACAGUAAAAAUAUUGUUUCAUUAGACCAGAGGACAUUUCUCCAAAAAGUAAGAUCUUUGUCCCCAUGAGCACUUGCAAACUGUUGUCUGGCUUUUUUAUGGUGGUUUUGGAGCAUUGGCUUCUUCCUUGCUGAGCAGCCUUUCAGGUUAUGUCGAUAUUAAACUUGUUUUACUGUGGAUAUAGAUACUUGUCUACCUGUUUCCUCCAGCAUCUUCACAAGGUCCUUUGCCAUUGUUCUGGGAUUGAUUUGCACUUUUUGCACCAAACUACGUUCAUCUCUAGGAGACAGAAUGCAUCUCCUUCCUGAGCGGUAUGAUGGCUGCGUGGUCCCAUGGUGUUUAUACUUGCGUACUAUUGUUUGUACAGAUGAACGUGGCACCUUCAGGCAUUUGGAAAUUGCUCCCAAGGAUGAACCAGACUUGUAGUGGGCCACAAUUUUUUUUAUGUGGUCUUGGCUGAUUUCUUUUGAUUUUCCCAUGAUUUCAAGCAAAGAGGCACUGAGUUUGAAGGUAGGCCUUAAAAUACAUCCACAGGUACACCUCCAGUUCAGUACACCUCCUAUCAGAAGCUAAUUGUCUAAAGGCUUGACAUCAUUUUCUGGAAUUUUCCAAGCUGCUUAAAGGCACAGUUAACUUAGUGUAUGUAAACUUCUGACCCACUGGAAUUGUGAUAUAGUCAAUUAAAAGUGAAACAGUCUGUCUGUAAACAAUUGUUGGAAAGAUUACUGAUGUCAUGCACAAAGUAGAUGUCCUAAACUACUUGCCAAAUCUAUAGUUUGCUAUCAUUAAAUCUGUGGAGUGGUUAAAAAAUGAGUUUUAAUGACUUCAACCUAACUGUAUGUACAUUUCCGACUUCAACUGUAGAUAUAGAAUGCUACUUACAAAAAUUUACCAUGGAAACCAUAGUUCCCACCAAAAUACUAUAGUUACUACAGUGUUACUUCUUUAUAAUCAUAAUAAAUUCAGAUUCAGAUUUCAGAAUCUCUCUGCCAUUUUAAUUAAAAAUGGAAGUUACCACAGUAUUAUUGUAAUAGCACUGUAAAGUGGUUUUUUUGUUUUUGUUUUUGUUUUUUUGUGGAAACCAUGGCUACCUUGGUAACAUCUUACCAUGUUCUUAUAAUGUUGCUUAACAGCAGUUAUCAUGUGGGUCAUUUGGAUGAUUUCUGAUCAGAUAUACUAUGUUGCAAACUCUUCUGUAACCCGAAAUUUUCGGAACUCUUGUUAACAAGAUGAACUAAUUAUGAAACACAAUUACAAUACCACCCUAAUUUGAUGCUGGAAUAUCUCACUCACACAUUGUUUUUUAUAGAUAUAAAUAUAUACUGUUCAAAACAGGACUUACAACACUUGCUCUUGGACUGAAAUUUCAGCCUUAAUUUCUGAACUAACAAUGAAAAAAUAAAUGAAUACAAACAACAUAAUAGCUACAAAUAACUUAUGCUGCAAUCCUUGUUUUGUAUGACUGCAUUUUGUAGUGUCCACCGUUGGAUGCUUUCGGAGCAUCUAUUUUAAUUUUUGGCUCUGAAUCUUUAGUUGUGGGAUGUUAUUAAUUCAUGCAGAAGGGCCCAACAAAGUUGCUGGCCACUUGGAGACAGAAGGUCAUUAGAUUGUGUGAUCCAGCAUAUCUCAAAGGUACUCCAAGUGUGACGGUCAGAAUAUUCCUUCAGCUCAACUCCAGGAGGUCCACUGCAGACUUUUGUUGGCCAUCGGACGGUGGCCAUCCAGGAGCAAUAGCCUUGCCUUAAGGUAGUAGUGACCACAGCAGUAUUGUGUGGCUUGCAUUUACCUGUUGUAGGGUCAGGUUAUGUUUCCUAACAUAGUUAUUGAUGAUUUAUCUGCAGUCAUCCCUAUAACACGCCUUGUUCAGCCUGCCCUCAGUGAUACUGGUCAGUAAAUAUAUCUGUAGUGGUUUAAUGACAUCUUACUUUUGCUGGUCAUCUCAUCUGAAAGUUUUUAACAAAUGAUUAUAAAAGAAACCAAAUGACUGCUUUUUGUAUGCUUUCAUUGUUUUGUUUUUUUUUUUUUCUCUAAAUUAUUGUAUUUCUAUCAUACAGCAAAAUGAUUUUCUCAGAGACAAAAGGACUCUCGAAUUUUCAUCCGAGGUCAAACAGGUCUGUUUGUUUUAAAAGACCUAAAAUUGUCAAAUAUUGAAAGCUAUUUGAAUGGAAAAUGAUCUGUGCUCUGGUUUGCAUUACAAUAAAUUGCAAGCAGAAGUUUGAUGUUUGUUUGUUUUUGUAAGAUACUUUUACAUUAAAAGUAGUGAUACUGUUACAUACCCAUGCAAAAUUAUUACCCAGAACUUAGGGACUCAACUGGCCUCUUUAAUUCACCCAUGCAUUCAUGACCUGAUCAUCCAUAGUAGAGUUUAUUCCUCCUCUUUUUAGUUUUUCCAUUUCAAUUGUGACUUUUUAUACAAGGUUAGAACUGAACUACUUUGAACUUUUUUGUGCUACAGGGAUAAGUAAAAGCAAGGACUCUUUAUGAAUUAUAUAUUUUGUACCCAUAAAUACUAAACAUGCUUUUCAAUUUUCAACAUUGGUGGCAAACACAAACCUAUCAAGCUCAUUUAAAGGGAUGGGUCACCCAAAAAUGACCAUUCUUUUAUCAAGUACAGCAUAACAGCACCCUCAUAUCAUUACAAACCCAUAUGAUUUUCUGUCUUCUGUGGGGAUGUUUGGCAAAAUGUUAGCACCUGUUAGCAUCUUAACUUUUAUUGCAUCUUUUUUUUCCAUAAAAUGAAUGUAAAUGGUACAUUCUGCCUAACAUCUCGUUUUGUAAAAUCAGUCAAACAGGUCAAAAAGUAAGUUAUACAGUUGUGGAACUAUAUGAGAGUAAAUGAUAAAUUAUGACAUUUAAUGAUCAAAUUGUUAAAGUCUUCCUUGAAUGGCAAUAAGUUAUAAGUAAUAAGUUAAUUAUUGUUGUUAGUAAUUGUCCUUCAUCAGCCUUUUUUCAUAUCGGCAAAGAUCAAGGAUUUUACCCUCAAGUCCUGUAAGGAGAAAAAUAUCCUCCAAAAGUUCUUCAGCCCUGGUGUUGCAAACAAGUCCUGUCACAAUCAGCAUUGUGUCAGCCUGUCUUGAAAAAUGGAAAACUCUACAGAGAGACAUGUAACCAACAAUCCAGCUGACAUCAGUGUGAUCGUUUGCUAUUUUGUGGUGGUUAUUGCAGUAGGAAUUUGGGUUAGUGAAAAUGUUUUUGUGUCUCUAUUGAAGUGAUGUAUAGCUGUUUAUGAAUGGUUUAAUGAAUGUAAAACAAAAUUUGGAUGCUGACAAUGGUAAAACUGAUUUCAAUUUCAAUAGAAGCUUUACAUCUUUUCACUUUGUCUUAGUCAACGUUUAGGACAAAUCGUGGCACAGUGGGUUACUUCCUUGCAGGUCGGACCAUGUUGUGGUGGCCUGUGAGUCUUGAAUUUUUCAUUCUGUUUUUUUUUUUAGGUUUGUUUGUCAUUUAAAGGGAUAGUUCACUCCAAAAUGGAAAUUCUGCAUCAUUAACUCAUUUUCACAUUGUUGCAAACCUUCCUUUCUUCUGUGGAACAUGAAAAGAGAUGUCAGGCAAUUUUAUUGUAUGGAAAAAAAUAUGUAAUGACAAUGAAUGGCAACAAGGCUAUCAUUCUGCCAAAUAUCACCUUUUGUUCCACGGAAGAAAGUAAGUCACUCAUGAUUUUCCAAAUCACUUUAAGUAAAUGACAGAAUUUCCAUUUUGGGUGAACUAUCUCUUUAAAUACUGUAUACACUGUAAAAAUUACCAUAAUUUUAAUGGUAAAAGAAUGUAAAAAUGCUACAGAAAAAAAAAAAAAACAUGAAUUGGCUAACGGGGAGUUACCUUAACAUAUAUAGUAAAAAAAAAAAAAAAAAAAGGCAAUAUAUUUAACAAGACAAUACAUGUAAUUUAACAGUAAAAAUGUUUUUUUAGGAAUUCAAAGUAAGAUUUUACAGUAUAAUUAACAGUAAAAAAAAAAAAGUAUAUUAUGUUUAAGAAGAGAAUAUGUGUACUUUUUAUGCUAAACUAUUGUUACGGUGAAAAACAACAAACGGGUGUUUCCAGAAGUCCCUGCUUGACCCAUCUCAUUUCAAUUUAUUUUAUGGUGCUAGUUAUAUUUCUUAUAUUUAAUAUCAUUUAUGUGCAUUUGGAUGUUUUGUGUUAUUUAUGUAGUUUAGUUAAUGUUAAUUGCAUUAUUUUAGUGUCACUAUCCUGAUGGUGUUUUGUGUUUGCUUGAGUAAUACUGUCUCUACAUGUGUAUUAAUUAUUGCUCCUGAAAGGGUCACUCUUGAUGAACUUUGUCAUCAUGUG